AUUCCUAUGUCCAUGGUCUGCUUACAUUUUCGUACAUAAUUGCAGCUGAUAGCAGCAGACGAUGUAAAGUUAGACACAUAUGGACUGACAAAUUUUCAGAAUUAAUUGCUUAAUGUCCAAUGUCGCUUUUAAUAAGUACUAUAAGAAAAAUAAAACGUGAAAACUUGAUAACGCUGUGCCAGUCUAAUUCAUGGAAGUGGAGAAGAAAAUUAACAAAGAAAUUAUCUACGUGUCGUUAUGCAAAAAGUACCUGACUGUUUUCACAUUGGCAGCGUUUGCCGAUUGGCUACAAGGUCCAUACUUGUAUCGAUUGUACAUCAGUUAUGGGUACAACAGCUAUGAUAUUUCGUUGCUAUAUGCAGCUGGAUUUGCGAGCAGCACAAUUUUUGGAAUCGGAAUCGGACACUUAGCCGACAAAUAUGGGCAGAAAAUGUUCUGCGUGUCUUAUCAUAUUUUGUAUUCCCUGGCAUGUCUAGCGAAGAUAUUUAAUAAUUUCUGGGUACUUAUCAUUGGUCGGGUACUCGGUGGAAUAUCAUCUUUGGUACUUUUUUCAACCUUUGAAUCGUGGAAUUAUUCAAUCUCUUUUUGAAUCCGUGAUGAAUGUGUUCAUUUUUUUAUGGACUCCAGUUUUGGAUCCAAUAAAUCCAAGUCAUGGAAUCGUGUUCGGUUCCUUCAUGUUUUGUAUCAUGCUUGGUAGUUCAUUUUACUCUUUACUUUUAUCGAAAUAUCGGGUUUCCUGUGACAUAUUGCUUCAAGAACAUUUUGGUACUUAUAUUUGUCUAGCUGCUUUUAUGUGUUAUGAGAUCGCAGUUGGCAUGUAUUACCCAGCAAUUGGUUACCUGCGUGGUAUAAUUGUCCCAGAAGCUUUCCGUACAUGUAUGACUAAUUGGUUUCGAAUGCCAACAAACAUAUUGACCUGCCUCGUGCUGAUAUACAUCAGGGAGAAAGUACCAUGUAAUUAUUUUGUAUUUUCAAUAAGCUUUAGUGCUCUCACUAUUGCCACGAUUUUAUGCUCAAAAUUUUCGAAGCUUUACAAUCGUGAAUAUCGGUGCUAUCAUUAUAGCAAGUUUUGUCCAGGUUCUUCAGAGAUGUUAUUGCUUUGAGAAAUAAUUUUUUUAAUGUUGAUCGGUAUUCUAUCGUAUAUAAAUUCUACAAGAUGCCUGAUUUAUUAUAGCCACCCUGGUUUCUUUUGUUCCCGAAUUUAUGAGGCAAAGUUUCAUGAUUUUCGAUACAUGAACAAAAUUUUUUUGAACUUCAGUUAGCAUUUUAUUUGGGAAAUUUGUCAUAUAUUUAAGAAUGAAGUAAUUAGGGUAAUCAAAAUAAGUGAGACACCCUGAUGUAGGGGAUAUUAAGCAAUACAUUACAUAUGAGAAAAAGUUUAAGGAACAAAAUUUCUGUCAAAAAUUGUUCAACUGAUAAUAAUAUGAGAUAAAGGCAGAGGAGUGAUGCGUAAUUUGGUUAAGUAUAUGUAAUUUGCAACGAGGUAAAUUUAUUUUUGCGCAAUUUUACUUAACAGUGAUAUUAAAAAAUAUGGUUGCAUGAAUUUCAUUAUGUAUUAUUUGAAUGGUCCUAGAAGAAUAUUUAAAGAUAAAUUAUAAUAAGAUAUCAUUUGCAACUAAAUGAUUUUAUAUCGAUAUAAAUAAUUUCUAUACAUUAGCACUGAUUAAAGAAUCAUGUUACAUGUCUUGUGCCUAUGUAAAGCCUGAGUAAAUAUUAAAUAUAUAUGUACAGAGAUACUUCUGAAUUUGAAAUAAAGCAAUUCUGUUAUUAAUAUGUUAUCAUAUUGUACCCCACACAAUUUAAUGAAAAUAGUCCUUGAUCUGCACACGGUAUCCCUAAUUAGACAAUAGUUUUAUACAAGUAAGAAAAUGUAUAUACCACAUGUAAUAAAGAGCUUGCACACUGUUACAGUUUCAACCUAACCUCGUUGGUGAUGUAGAAACCCAAUCUGGUGGUUUCUCGGAUUUUCUGUUUGCAAUAAAUCAGUAAAUAGAAAGAUGUUUGACAACGACAGACAAAAUUUAACAGAAGGUAGUCCUUUAACAACAGACAGCAGUAAUCAAUGGAGAUUGAGCAACUGUUGCAACAGUUUAAGACUCAUUAUUUGUUGCUUUAUCACCUUAUCCAUUGGUAUUACAAUAGCAUUGAUACUUGACAUAAUUUACAGGAAUAACACGGCUGAGAUUUUAGUUAGCGAUCAUGGAGCAGUGGCUACCGACUAUACGAAUUGUUCAAAAAUUGGAACAACGCUAUUACGAAAAGGUGGUAAUGCGGUUGAUGCAGCUGUUGCAGCUACAAUAUGCAUGGCUGUUGUUGCUCCACACAAAACUGGUCUCGGUGGAGGUGGUUAUGUUAUGAUCUAUAACCACAAGGGGCAAGAAAACCCUUUACUUGUGGAUUUUGCCAACAACACCAUUGAAGGUGACUACGGUUCUGUAAAUGUGCGCAUUCCUGCUUUUCUUCGAGGUCUAGAACUUGCACAUUCCUUACAAGGUAAUUUACAUUGGCAUGAAGUAGUCAAGCCUUCGGUGAAUCUUGCACGAAUGGGAUUUAUUGUAUCUGAUGAGUUGGCUAACGAACUAUCCAAAAAUACUGAUUUUGGACUUCCCUAUGGCCACCUAAUUCCUAAUGAGAAAUUGAUGUUACCAAACCUUGCUACUACUUUGGAAGCUGUUGCUCAUUACGGUGCUGAUGCAUUAUACAAUGGAACAAUGUCUUUGAAAGUGGUGCGAGAUGCUGUUGUAAAGAAAGACCUUUUACACCAGCUGGCUGAUUAUAAACCUCAAGUGAGUGAGGCACAACAGACUAACUUUUAUCAUCAUGUAAUCUACUAUCCAUCACAAAGUACUGACCUACCACGUGCGCUCGAGGAACUGGAGAAACUUCACAUACCGUUUGAAAAUGCUUCCAGAAUCGAUUCACAGAUUCUUGUUAGCAAAACCCUUAUCCGAUCCUAUUUUGCAGACCGAAAAAUGGAAUCAAAUUAUGAAGAUGGAAUGUAUACCAGUGUCGUAGCAAUGGACAAGCAAGAUACUUACGUUUCCAUUGUAACGGGUUUAUCUAGACCGUUAGGUCUUGGGCACAUGACAGAGGCAGGUUUUUUGCUUGAUUAUGCUAACCAAUUGUCUUCACUGAGCCCAAUCAUCUUUCGUCACGAAUCAAACAUAUGUUCCUUACGAGGAGUAUUAGGAGCAGAUGAUCCAGUCCUCAUCAGUGAGCUUCUGUACAAUAUAAUUGUACGACAUCUCAAUGUCUCUGCAGCUGUUGAAUUUCCCCGAUACUUCGUCAAACCAGAUGGCAUUGUAAUAGAAAAUGACGAUAAACACGCAGCCGAUACUAUGUUGCGGGUACAACUCAUUAAUUUGUCAAAUGCUGAUCCUAAUCAAGCACCAAAAAGUGUCAACGUCAUAAUUAAAAACAAAGACUCCAUGACUAGUCACUCGGACAGUAGGGGCGGUGGAUUAGCCUCUAGGUAUUAAUUGUAUUGUGAAAAUCAUUUAUAUGACAGCUAAUUAACGAAAUACUGAUACAAAAUCAAUUACCUGUUGUAAACGUAAUUAAUGUUAACUAGCAUUGUUAGUGGAGGCUAACAUCACAGAAGAAGUAAUUGUGAUUGUAAUUAGAAUGUCAUGAACUGCAUUUGUGCAAGUGUGAAAGAUGUGCAAGUACAUAUUAGUGUGCAUUAUUUAUUUAAAGGAACUGUUUACAUUGGUAUGUUUUUUAUACUUUUUGACUUUGUUUACAAUAAAUGCGUUAUAUUUACAUUAUUCAACUUAAAGCAA